AUGCUGCAGCAAGAGCAGCAGCAGCAGAAGGAGCUCCUGCUGCCACACGAUUUGGCGUCACAGGAGCAGCAGCAGCAGGUGCAGCAGCAGCAGAUGAAUGGGAAGAUGCCAGUGGCUACAAAGGCUGCUGCAGCCUCCGCGGAGGGGCCCUUGCAGCGGAUUGUUCGCGAGCUGCUGCAGCAGCAGCAGCAAACGGACAUAUCUCUUCUUUCAGAAAGCCUCAAGUGUCUCGACAGCCACGGGUGGGAGGAGCAGCAGCAGCGGCAGCCUCUCUCAGCAGCAGCAGCGCCAGCAGCAGCAGCAGCAGCUCGCCCCACAACGUCUGUAAACUUGUCUUUGUUCGUUCGGCGGCAGCGGCUCGGGGUGUACAGACAGCAGCUAGAGGCCCUCCGCCGCGUGUCUCCUCUGCUGCAGCAGCUGCAGCAAGCAGCAGAUUGUUUGAAGGCAACUCUAUCGGAGGCUUUGGGGCGGCUGGCUAGGAGCAGGCAGCACCUGCUGCCGCUGCUGCAGCAGCUGCUGGAGCUGCGGCAGCAGCAGCAGCAGCUGUCCAAAAAGGAGGCAUUUUGCAUUCAGGUGCUGCAGCGCCUUUCCGUCCCCCAGAAGGACUUAGAAACUAUCAUGCGCCCCGUGCCUCCGUUGCUGCAGCAGCAAGCAGCAGCGGCAGGCGAACAGCAGCCGCAUCAGCAGCAACAGCAACUACAGCAGGAAGAACUGUCCAAGGAGCUGCAAGACACACGUUCGGCACUUUCGGAGGUGCAGCAGAAGCGACAGCUGCUGCUGCAGCUAAAAGCAGCGGCAGCAACAGGUGCAGCAGAAGCAGCAGCAGGAACGCCAACAGGCGCAGCAGCAACUGCACAGGGGUUCCCCCUCAUAGAGAGUCUGCUGCAACAGACAGGCGAGCUGGACGAAAUAGGCCACGAAAGGCUACAUCUUUUGCUGCUGCUCUGCCUGCAGCAGCUUGCAGCAGCAGCAACAGGGGAAGCAGCAGCUGCCACAGCAGCAGCACCAACGAGAGACACAGAUGCCGUUGGGGCUGCAUUCCAAGUGCUCCUUGACAUCUCAGGUCAGCAGCAAUAUUCGCUUCAGCAGCAGCAGCAGCUGCAGGAGAACUGGAAACACGGUUCUGAAGCAACAACAGCAGCAGCAACAGCGGCGGCAGCAGAAGCAACAACAACUGCAACAGCACAGAGCAGCGAGACAAGCAGCCAGUAUGCGGUCCUAUGGGAAGCUUUAGCGGACCUUCACUCUCAUCCCACUUAUCUGCUGCAGUGUCUGCAGCAGCUGCUGCGUCUGCGGCGGCAGCUGCUGCAGCAACAACUGCAGCAGCAACUCCUUGCGGAGGGCCCCUGGGGGGAGCCCAUGAGGUUUGCUGCAGGCAAGGAAGCGCCGAGGACCCUCACGGCGGCGCUGCGGUGGGUCCCGCGUGCAGCAGCAGCAGAAGCCGCUGCCUUUGUCUCCCUGCUGCAGCUGCUGUAUACCCGUGGGGGAGCUGCUGCACUUGGAAUCCAGAAGCAGCAGCAGCAGCAGCAACAGGAAAAGAGACACGGCUUCUCUGCCGACGCUUCAGACGUAUGUGAAAGAAGUGACGAGGCUGCAGAGUCCCAUUUUCCACUUGUAAAUCAGCAACAGCAACAGCAGCAAGAGCAGCAACAGCAACAGCAACUACAACCGCAACUGCAGCAGCAGCAGCAGGUGCGGGGUUGGCUGCCGCUUUCAGACGCAGCAACUCUCCCCACUGAGGCUGGCAGCAGCGCAGCCACGCUACAGGAGCUGCUGAACCCCGCAGCGUUGCUAGAAGGGUCCCUUGAGGCUCUUCAUGGGCCCCUUGCUGCUCAGCUUGCUGCUGUUCUCGACAGUAGCAUAAACAGCAGCAACACCAGCACCAGCAGCUGCGGCAUCACAGCGUUCAAAAUAGGCUUGCUGCUAGAACAAGCAGCAGCGGCUACUGAGCAAGCAAUCGCUGCUGCCGUUCAGAACUCUCCUGAAAAGCGUCUUGAGAGAGAGCAGCAUCAGCAGCAGCAGCAGCAACAGCGGCAGCCGCUGCUGGUGCGUUUCUUGUUGGAUCUUUCAACGAGGGUGCUGGACAGGCUCGAGACCCAGUGGGACUCCUCGGCGCUGCUGCUGCCGCAGCUAUCCGCAGCAGCAGCAGCAGAAUGGGCCCCCGCCGCUGAAGAGGGGGCUCCACCCCGCAGCAGUUUGCCUCCGUUUCUAACGGCUUUUGCCUCGCGCCUGCAAGACCUGCUGUUAGCGUACGCAGCUUCUCUUUCUUCUCUGCAGCAGCCUCAGCAGCAGUUCCAGCAGCAGCCCCAGCAGCAGCAGCAGCAGCAGCCGACGCGCGCUGUGAGUCGCCUGGAGACGCUGGUAGGCCGCGACGUGUCCCGCUGCCUCAACUAG